AUGGCCUCUAUUCGCGUUCUUUCCUUCGAUGCUGAGGGCCGUCCCGUGCAGUUCACUUCCUGGCUCGACGACCUGCAGUUGUAUCUUAUGAGCAAUAGCACGGACCACAUCUCCCUCUAUGACUACGCGUCUGGUGCUGCCGCUGCUCCUGCUGCCACAGCCGAGCUUAGUGUUCGUUCCCACUGGCAGACUCGUGACGCAGCUGCUCGCCUAGCCAUUCGCAGUCACCUGCCGCUAGCUGAGCUCGAGCAUUUUGGCGACUGCAAAUCCGCUAAGGCCCUGUACGAUGCUGUCGUUGCUCGCUACUCCUCGCCUGCCACAGCCGAGCUUAGCCGCCUCAUGCUGCCGUACCUGUUCCCCGAUCUGUCCACCUUUACUACAGUCGCCGAUCUUAUCACCCACCUUCGCACUAGUGAUGCUCGCCUGCGUGCCGCCCUUCCCACCGAGUUCUGCGCUAAGAACCCCCCUCCACUGUACUGGACACUACACUUCAUAGUCACCCGUCUCCCUGACACCCUCCGCUCAGUUCGAGACCACUUCCUUGCUCGCUGUCCCACUGAGCUCACAGUCGCCCUCCUAGAGGAGCAGCUGCUCGCGGCCGAAAAGAGCAUUGUAGCUGUCGGUGCUGCUCGUGGCGCUCCUCGCACCCCCAUCUUUGAGGGGUGUUCUCCCUCUCCCCUCGCUCCCUCCUACACUGCUGCUGCUGCUGUUGACUUCCUUGGUGCUGAGUCUGUUGGCGCUGCUUCUGCUCCUGGUGGGAGGCGCCGCACCGGCAAGGGCAAGGGGGGCAAGGGUGGUGGUGGUGGCGCUGGGGGGGGGAGGAGGUGGGGGAGGGGGGGGGGAGGCGGUGCUGGAGGGAGCGGUGGCGGGAGCGCUGGUGGGAGUGGGGUCGGUGGUGGAGGCGGGGGCGGCGGAGGAAGCAGUGGCAGUAGUGGCGGCGGUGGCGGUCGGAGCGGUGGUAGUGGUGGCGGCGGAGGUCGGAGUGGAGGCACUGGCUCGGGCCAGAGCUCCCAGCAGCAGCAGCGUCCCCAGACGACCCAGCAGCUUCGUGAGUGGCUUGCUCAGCGUGGGACGUCGGGGGGCAGUGGCCGCUGUUCUUAUGUCAUUCGCACAGGUGACCGCAAGGGACAGACGUGUGGGAGGUUCCACACCCCGUACCGCUGCUUCUCCCGCCUUGACGACGCUUGGCGUGAGGAGAUGGGUGCGGAUGUUGAGCGCCCCCGCUGGGCUGAGCUCAUGAGGGCUGGUGUCGAUGUCUUUGCUCUUGACUAUGAUGCUAUUAUUGCUGCCAUGUAUGCAUUGACUGUUAGUGCCGAGGGAGACUGUUACUUGUGUGUGCCGCCUGACCCAGGUAUAGAGCCCGCUGCCCUGGGUACUAGUGAGUCUGCUCUCUCUGGUAUGGUGCCCCCUGUACUUGCUCCCUCCAGUGCUGUCCCGGCUGGUUUCGAGUCUGCUCUCUCAGGUACAGCACCCACAGAGACUGCUCUCUCAGGUACCGCACUGGCUGAGGCCUGUCACACCUUCACCCUUGACUCAGGUGCUUCCCGUUGCUUCUUUCGUGACAGUACUGAGCUCACACCGCUUCCUGCACCGGUCCCAGUCUCCUUGGCUGACCCCUCUGGGGGCCCAGUCCUUGCCCAGUCCACCACUGUCCUCCCUUGUCCGGCGGUUCCGUCUGGCUCGUUGUCGGGUUUCCACCUCCCCUCGUUCUCGACGAACCUGGUGAGCAACGCUGUCCUCCAGGAUCAGUGGGUUGACACCUUUACCCCUGGAGGACAGCGUGUGGCGAUCUGCACGUGCUCCAGGACCGGCCGUCACCUGGCUACGUUUACCCGUCGGCCGGGGUCGAGUCUCUACACACUGACCACUGCGUCUCCUCAGGUCGCUGCUGUCGGUCAGGUGUCUGCGUCAGGUCUGGUAGCCCACGCCUGUGAGUGUCGUUCCCUGUCGCACCAGACUCUUCUCUGGCACCACCGCCUGGGUCACCCCUCCUUGCCACGCCUUCGUGGCAUGCACCGUCGCCACCUUGUGUCUGGUCUUCCCAGGUCCCUCCCUCCCCUCCCUGCCUCGCCUGCGCCGCCUUGCCUUCCUUGCGUCGAGGGGCGGCAGCGCGCCGCUCCUCACUCCUCCUCGUUCCCCCCGACAGAGGCUCCUCUGCAGACCCUCCACCUGGACGUGUGGGGCCCAGCCCGCGUUCGUGGUCAGGGCGGUGAGCAGUACUUUUUGCUGGUUGUCGACGACUACUCGCGUUACACCACGGUCUUCCCCUUGCGCACCAAGGGUGAGGUCCCUGCUGUUCUGAUCCCUUGGAUCCGCACCGUUCGUCUCCAGCUCCGCCGCCGUUUCCGGACGGAUCUUCCUGUCCUGCGUCUGCACUCUGACAGAGGUGGUGAGUUUUCCUCCGAUCUCUUGAGGACCUUCUGUCAGGCGGAGGGCAUCGAGCAGACCUUCACGCUUCCGGACUCCCCACAGCAGAAUGGGGUUGCUGAGCGCCGCAUUGGCCUGGUCAUGGAGGUCGCUCGUACCUCCUUGGUCCACGCGGCGGCUCCCCAUUUUCUGUGGCCGUUUGCUGUCCGGUACGCCGCGCAUCAGCUCAACCUCUGGCCCCGUGUCUCCUUGCCGGAGACCUCGCCCACACUGCGUUGGACGGGGGAGGUUGGCGAUGCGUCGCGCUUCCGGGUGUGGGGUGCUCGUGCCCUUGUCCGCGAUACGUCUGCGGACAAGCUCUCCUCCCGCACGCUUCCCUGUGUCUUCCUUGGCUUUGUCCCUGACGCGCCUGGCUGGCAGUUUUACCACCCCACCUCGCGCCGGGUCUUCGCCUCUCAGGAUGUCACCUUUGACGAGUCGGUGUCUCUCAGGUAG